CGGCUUCCAACACAACGACGACGCGCCGCCACCCCGCGACUAGCGCACGAACACAGCCGCAUCAACGGUCGCUUGCCGCUUCUGCCAGUGUCCCAGCGACGCGUACAAGCUACCGCCGAACGUCGCUUGCUCUUCACAGACUGGGACGUGAAACGAACGGAACUGAAUUUUGUGUGCCAUGGCUCAAGUCAUCCUCUUCCUCGCUGCGCUGGUGUCUUUAGGUUCCUGUCAGCAGAGCCCUGUGAUAUCAUACAUCAGCAAAGAAAUGGUGGUUGGCAUAGGAGACACAGUGGACCUGCAGUGUUCUGUGCAGUAUGCUGAUGCAUACCCUAUCAUAUGGGUAAAAAUUAAUGAACGUGAUCCCAGCAACAACCUGUUCAUCUCAUCUGGCAGCAAGGCCAUCGUGCCGGACCAGAGGUUCUCCAUUCGGCACGACGAAGGCAGCAACACAUACACACUGCAGAUAACUAAGCUGCAGGAAACGGACUCUGGCCUCUACCAGUGCCAAAUUAUCCUGGGACCCACCAGCAAACUCAGCUCAAAUGUCUACGUCCACGUCAGAGUUCCUCCGAUUAUCUCGGACAACAGCACAAGGUCUGUGAUAGCCAGCACUGGCCAAAACAUCACCCUGGAGUGCUAUGCCAUUGGUCACCCUACACCGCACAUAUCCUGGCGGCGAGAGAACAAUGACCUGCUGCCCACAGGUGGUGCCGUCUAUCGAGGAAACAUCCUUAACAUUUUCAAUGUCAGCAAGAACGACCGUGGAACAUACUACUGUAUCGCUGACAAUGGUGUCGGCAAUGGGGCACGUAGGAACAUUGGUGUGGAAGUUGAAUUUGCACCCGUGGUAUCGGUGGACCGCCCACGGUAUGGCCAGGCCCUUCAAAACCCCAUGGACCUGUUGUGCCACAUCGAAGCCUUUCCAUCACCAUCCAUUGUGUGGCUCAAGGAUGGUUACCAGCUGAACGACAACCAGUACUACCAGAUCUCCAUCUUCUCCACGGCCGAUGAGUUCACUGACUCCACCCUGCGUAUCAUCGCCAUCGAGAAGAAGCAGUACGGCAACUAUACAUGCAAGGCGCUGAACAAGUUAGGCUCUGAUGAGAAGAUAAUCGAGUUAUACGAAACUGUGAACGUGAUCUGCCCUCCAGCGUGCGACAAAUCAUACCAGUCUGGUUCCUCCCACCUGCAAAGCUCUUUCGCUUGCUUCUUGGUCAUGCUGUCGAUGAUCUGUGCCAUUACCCUGAACAACAAGCAUUGAGCAACAUUACCUCAUAAUGUUACUUUUAUUGAAAAAGAAAUGAGCCAGUUUAUGAACAAGAAUGCUUAGUAUUCUAGCAAGUCCAUACAAGGCCUUCUUCAAGUGAUGUUUUGGAAAGGAAAAAAAAAAAAAAAGACUAGAACACUUUCUUUUUUUAUUUGAAGUUGAAGUGCAUAGCAAAUUUGUAAAGAUAUUACUGACCAGUUACUGUUAUACUGGCCCAAAUGUAUAACAGGGACGUUUCUCAGAAUUUUUGUACGUUUUUACCUACUUAACUUGGACGUGAGCCUUUUAUGUGCCUUGUUGCACAGAUGUUGGCUGUGGCUCGUAUUUGUUUCAGAGAAGGAGUUACUAUUUUGGCUAGCAUGUAGAGACGUAGCAAGCUAAGCACUCAACCAAGCGGCAAGGAAUGUGUGCCGACGCAUGGUCAGUGUGCCAUAAACAGCCAAUAAGUGAAUAAUGAAUGCCAGCUAGAAUAGUCCCUAUUCCUUAUUUCUGAAGCGCGCUUCCCUGCAUGGUACACUUGCUCAAGUAAUGACGGUGCCAGUUAUGGUUCGAAUGAAGACAAAGUGCUAACUGCACGUGCUGGGGCUUGACGUGGGUUGCAUCACGUGAACAAUGUCUGCAUUUUCCAUGUCAUAAGACUAGCAAACUGUGCUCGUACACACUGUUUGUGUAAAUGACUGCCCCACCAUUAGUUUGCCAAGCUGCCCUCUGUGCAGGGAAGUUAGCUUUACAAUUAUGAAAAGAGUUCAUUACACCUCCACCACGCUGAGAUCCUUUAUCAGGUUGUACACUCAAAGCAUGUUGUGGGUUACCCUUCGCAGUGAGCUAACAGAUCACUACCACUGAAGGGGUGCUUAAAAGAUUUCAGUUUUUUUCUCUUGUUUUAUAUGUUUUCCGAAUGUAAGUUGUAAGUAAAUUAUGUAAGUUUUUACAUACUUACAAAAAUAAUCCUGAAUCAGAUACAGUCAUUUAAAUUUAAUCUCAGUUCUUUUCUUUACUGCAGCUUUGUCAGAAAAAAGGAAAUGUUCACAAUGCAAUUUUGAAUGUGAAAUUUUUUCAAAGUGCUUUAACAGCUGUGAUAACAAAGCAUUCCUUUUUUUUAUUUACCAUUAUGAAACUUUUGACACUGCCUUUCUCGAAAUUAAAUACCCAAGUGCAAAAGAUGAAACUGAUGUACAUCUAAUCACUUAAAUCAAGUUAUAGGCUUUCUGUUAAUUGCUUCCACAUGUCUUUGCACAAGCUAAUAAGAUGUAAACAUAUUUUUAAGGCUGCUUACUUUUUAUGGCAGAGUGAAACAUGGGCAUCCAGGUAGGGGAAUAGUGUCUGGGCAAGUAAUAAAAUAGUUUGGUCAAUGUAGCUUUUCUGAAUCAUUUGCCUUUUUUCUGAAAUACUGCAGUGGCACAGCGAAAUCGUAUGCUAGUAUUCUUUACCAGAAAAUCUUCAACAUUGUGCCUAGUAGUUCCCAAACAUGUAUUUCGAGCAGCAGUCAUGUUGCAACUGGAGCUGUACUUCUUUUAUCCAGCUAGGAAUUUAAAGUUUACUUCCCUUUCAAACAGUACCAGUUCUUUGUGCUAGCAGUUGUCUGUUCAGUCUCCACCUUUUUUUUCUGUCAGAACCAGCCAUAUGUAUAGUUUACUGUUUUUUGUGAGCAUGUUUGUCGAAUGUGUGCAUGAUAUUUCCGAAAAUCUUUGAUGUACAUAGGGUAUUGAUUUUGUUUGUGUUCUCACAUGAUUAAACAAGUCAGACAUCUCAGCAAAUGUGUAGUAAUAAUAUUAA